CGAAGCCGCUCGCUGUGGCCCGUAGGGCGGUGGCGAUGCGGGCGCCGAGACGCGGCGCUGAGAAAGUUUGCCGGUGCCCGAGGGCGACUUUGACGCGUGAGCGGCGGGGGCUGCCGGGCCGGCCCGGCGCGUUCCGGCUCUGCGGGUGCCGGAGCCGCGCCGCGUCCGCGGGGGCCGGGCCGGGCCGGGGGGAAGGGGCGUUGCCAUCUGCUGUUAAUUCCGCGGUCAUUGGAUUAGUAACCAGCGGUGAUGAGAUCAGCGGGAUCGGCUUUCGCGAAGGGGCACGGCGCUCACCGCGCUCCCCAGCUGUGCCGGCUCUCGCAUGAGGCGGCGGCGGGCGGCGCAGGGGGAGGCAGCGCGCACAAAGCCCGGUAGCCGCCGCAGGCCGCCGCCCCCGGGCAGGGCUCCCGGGCGGCCCGGCCCGCGGCGCCCGCCUCGCUCCGAGCCGCGGCUCCCCCGGCUCCUCUCGCCUCCCCGGGCAGCCGCAGGCAGCGGGGAGCAGCCUCUGCUGGGCGGGCGCGCUCCGGGCGGGGGGCGCGGGCUCCGAGCGUGGCGAGCCCGGCCACGGCGCCUCCCGAGUUUGUUUACUUGUGCUUCGCUUCUCGUCCCCGGUGUCUCCUCUCUGCCGGCAUAGCGGAUCGGUGGCGGUGCCGUGCUGGGGGUUUAUGGAGCAUUUUUUUACUCUGAAAACAUUGCUGCUAAAAAACUCCAAACACGAGGAGUAAAUCCACUCAGCUUGUCAGGUCACUGGCUCAGUGUAACGGUGCUUUCAUGAGGUGACGUUGGGCCAAAGUCAACUUUUCUUUCUCCUUUGUAAACCUGCAGCCAAGCAAUGGGCCAGAAAAUCUCAGGGAGCAUAAAGUCUGUGGAUGUGAGGGAGCCCCCUUAUAGACCCGUGAAACGAGAGCUGAGAGGCCCGGAUUUCUGCAAGCCCGCGCGCCUGGACAUGCUGUUGGAUAUGCCCCCUGCCAAGCUGGAGGUCCAGUACAAACACGCUUGGAAUAACGAAGAUCGCUCCUUAAAUAUAUUCGUAAAGGAGGACGAUAAACUGACUUUUCACAGACACCCGGUGGCCCAAAGCACAGAUUGCAUCCGGGGCAAGGUGGGCUACACGCGGGGCCUGCACGUGUGGCAGAUCCACUGGCCCACGAGGCAGCGGGGGACUCACGCCGUGGUGGGCGUCUCCACGGCCGACGCGCCGCUGCACUCGGUGGGAUACACGUCCUUGGUUGGUAGCAACAAUGAAUCCUGGGGCUGGGAUCUGGGGCGCAACAAACUCUACCACAACUGUAAAAACCAGCCCGGGGUCACAUACCCCGUCUUUUUGGAACCAGAUGAGUCUUUUGUACUCCCAGACUCCUUACUGGUGGUUUUGGAUAUGGAUGAAGGGACGCUUAGCUUCAUGGUUGAUGGACAGUAUCUUGGAGUGGCCUUCAGAGGACUAAAAGGGAAAAAACUUUACCCCAUAGUCAGUGCAGUUUGGGGGCACUGUGAAAUUACAAUGAGAUACAUCAACGGACUUGACCCGGAACCCCUGCCUUUAAUGGACUUGUGCCGAAGAUCAAUUCGUUUUGCUCUUGGCAGAGACCGCCUGCAUGACAUAGAAAUUCUACCUUUGCCUCUGUCUCUGAAAAAUUAUUUACAGUACCAAUAAGAAAUCUAGAACCCUCUGGCCUCACAUUGGACUUCAUCAAUGCAAAUGGCAGAAAAUUGUUUACAGCAAAAUAUAAAUCUUUGUGAUGGACACUGAAGUGUUAUUUAAUUUUUAAUAUAUGUAUUUUUUUCUGAACCAGUGAAAGCAGAUCCCUGUGGGGGACUACUAAAAAAUGUGAAAACAUUGAUUUGAUUGAGGUUCAUGUGUUACCUGUUGCCUUUUGUGUUUACAGUCCUGAAGGCUAUAAUUCUCAUCUCUCAUACACUGAUUGGUUUAUCUUUGUUGCUUCUGGUAAAUGCCAAUAGAAAAUCUGACCUGCAAGAUUCAGUGUCCUGCAGGCAGAGCAUUUUUCAAUAUUAUGAUUUUCAUUAUUUUUUUCUCUCUCCUACACUUUACUCCAAUAAAUAAAAAUAAAUUAACAAAGGAAAAGUCUUGACAGUAACUUCUGAAAAAUAUUUAAACCUUGGUAUGCAGAGUUGUUGAGAGUUCUGUAUUCAGUGCUCAAUAUAAUUAGGCCUAUAAUAUCUAAAAGCUCUAUUGUUUAAAAAAAAGCAGAUUGUUGUCUAAAAGAAGAGAAUGUGGUUUAAAAACAUGAGAGGAAACAAACGGUUUAUGUAUCAGAUCAGUUUCUGGACUUGGUAACAGUAAGGUGCAGUUCAUUGUUUUCAAGACCAAAUCUAGUCCCUCCAAAGUUCUGCAGUUUAUAACAAAGUGUUCAUUGUCUCAAGAAUUUAGGAUAUUCAUAUUUUAGGAAGCUUGUCACUUUUUUUAAAAAAAAUACAAAUUUAUAAUUUUUAUGUGGUAUGAACUCUAAGUACUUUGUUUUUUCUUUUUAAUGUAUGUGUGGUUGUAAUGUUUAUUUAUCUGUUUAGCGUCUGGAGUUCUCAUUUAACUGUUUCCCAUCUUGGGGUGACUGAUUCUGGUUUUUUCCCCAGCUCCAUCUGAAAUGUAUCCGUUUUUCAGGCUCAUCCCUUUUUUUUUUAAGAUGCUGCUUUCUGUUUGUGUUUCUUACAUGUUUCAAGUUAUCUGCCUGAAUCAGUUAUCUAGUUUUUAAACUGGAAGUUGUUGUUAGGGCAGAAUGUCAAAUGUUUAGACUGAGCUGCCUUCAGCAUAUUUUAAUGUGAAUUUACUGAUGAAUGAGGAGAAAAUUUCUAAUAAAGUCUACUGUCCAAAGUAAAAA